GCCCCAGCCGGGCAGCCUGCAGGCGCCGGAGGGCGCUGGCCCCGUUUGCCGGGGCGUGUGUAAAAGUCGACGGGCCGAUCCCGGGGGGCGGAGAGGGGUCGAGGGUGUUCCGUCGGUUACAGCCGCUUCCAUUAACCCUUUGGUGUUUACCCCAUGAUCAACAUCUUCCUCACAGGGAAACAAGGCUUGUGGGCCUGUGCUGCUCAGUGAAGGUUGAAAAAAUGGGAAAUGCAGAAAGCAAUGCCUAUCGGAAUCACCUUUCCAGAUUUCUUCCUGAGGAGCAGUCUGACAUUGAUGGAGUAUUUGAUGCCUUAUCAGGAUCGAGUGGCUCAGCUGGAGCAAAAAAUGGCAAAGCUACAAAGAAAACUGUGACUCUAGCAGCACUACAGGCAUAUACACGGGAGCCAUUACCAGAGCAAAUGACUUUUCGGUUAUACAACGGAAUGAAAAGUAUUGACCUGACUGGGAAAUCAUCUGGGCUGAGUGAACAGAUUGCUAAGGAGCAGUUUGUGAUUUUUAUGUCAAACCUCUUAAAAGGGAAUGCAGAUGAGAAGAUUACCAUAAUAAUGAGAAUGAUCUCCAAGACAGAAGGGCCUGUGAAGGGCAAACAAAUCCAAGAGUUCACAGAGGAUCUGAUCAUGUCUGUAGUCCAUGUACUGAGCUACAGGAACGAACUGAAAGGCUGGAAUUGGGAGAAUACUAGGGAUCCUGCAAGUGGAGUAAAGGCUCUGGCUUCUCAGCUGCUAUCAGAAUUGAAGCUUGCAGAUGGGACAAAACCUGUGGGUCCUCAGCUGACGGAGACAAAUUUUGAUCAAAGUGUCAUUGAGGAUUGGGUGUACCGAGUUCCACAGAUCUCAAUUUUCCUCAGUGUUGUUAUCAGGCAAGGCCUCCAUGUUCUGCAUUCUCUCCCAGACCAAACCAAAGACAUACUCAACCUGGUUCCAGGCUGCAAAGGCAUCAAAGGAAGAGGACUUGUCAGUCUCUUUGACAUCCCAUCCAUCAUAUACAUCAACUCCCAUCUGCCUGCAGAGCUACAGCACAAGUGGCACCUUUUAUUUUCUUCUCGGCUUCAUGGAGAAAGCUUUUCACAGUUAUGUGGGCAUAUAGUGAACAAAGGUCCUUGCAUAGUGAUCUUAAAGGACUUAGAUGGUUAUAUCUUUGGUGGGUUUGCAUCUCACUCCUGGGAGGUGAAGCCACAGUUUCAAGGUGACAACAGAUGCUUUCUGUUUUCUGUUUUCCCCUCUCUUGCUGUAUACACAUACACAGGGUAUAAUGACCACUAUAUGUAUUUGAACCAUGGCCAACAAACAAUGCCAAAUGGACUUGGUAUGGGUGGACAGCACGACUACUUUGGACUCUGGAUAGACAGUGACUAUGGGAAGGGACACAGUAAAGCAAAACCUCGAUGUACAACCUACCACAGUCCCCAGCUGUCAGCUAAAGAGGAUUUUACACUGGAUGCCAUGGAAGUUUGGGCAGUGGGAGAUCUCCCUGAAAGUGCAGGGACCAAAGGUAAGAAGAGUAUCCUGGAUGUAGAUCCUGAGGCUCAGGCCUUAUUAGAAAUGACUGGAAAAAGUCGUCAGAGCGAAGGUCUACGAGAACCUGUUGAAGAGGAUGAUGAUGAUGAUAACUAAAAGAAUCACAGUAACAUGGAAAACUUCUUUUAUGCUCCUGAAUAUUAACGUUCCUUAGUCAGGAUAUUUUUUCCUCAUUUUUUUCCCUUACAUUUACCUAAUUAUCUGUGACGAAGCUUAAGCCUCGUACUUAUGCAAUAUUUAGGUCCAAUAUAAUAUACAACCUGAAGAAUUUUGUUUGGGGAGGACAUAAAAUUUAACUAGGUAAUUAAUCAUUACACAUCUCUAAGUUCUAGCUCAAAAUGAAUUUGCUAGCAUUCCUGAUAGAUCCUGUCUGCAAACAGAAUUACAAACAAAAGAAGUUGUUAUUGACAGUAUUGCUAACUGACUUGGAGAAUUCAUACAUAUUUAUAUCAAGACUGUUCAAGACAUUGAUUAAGGCUCUUAUACCUCGACUGCACAUGUUUAUUUGCAUGGAAUGAAAUUAGUCAGCAAAGCUUGCAAAUUGUAAUGAUGUCUUGCAUUAGUAAACAUAGAAUAGACCACAUGAUGCAUAUGAAGGAUGCUAUUAAUUUGCAUUGCUCCAGUUAAAGCAUUAAAUUUCAUGUUUUUUAAGCCAGAUUUUCAACAAAUGACUUUAUAUGGGCUGUAAGAUGUCCAGAAUGCUACGUAUACAGCAUCCAGUUUUAUAAUACUACACUACACCUUAGUGCAUUUCAUUUAAGAUGUUUCUGCAGAAAUUUGCCUAUUGCUUUUUAAACUUAGUAGAGCAGAGCCAUUGGGAUUUAUUCAGCCGUAUUUAUCCCAAGAAUGGGCCAUACCUUCAGCAGAAAUUCUCUAGGGAAGAUACCUUCUUUAGUAGCCUAACUUGAGAAUGGAAUAAAAGAUCAGGCUGUAAAAAGGAUUAAGUAAGAAGCAUCCAUAGUUAACUGGGAAUAGUAUCUGCAGACACCUUGCAAAAAGCAUAAAAAAAAUCAGGGUUACAUCUGUAACAUGUUUAGAGAAGACUGCUGUACACUUUAGUUCCACACAAUCAUUACUGUAUUAGAGAAAAAAUUGCCUGUAAUGUGACAUGUAACUAGUCAGUUGGGGUUUUUUGCUCUCUUUCGUUGGCUGUUUGCCAGUCAACACCAGUUUUGUCAGGUCUCUUGUACUCAGGGCUUUUUCUACCUGAAUCUGUUCACAUCUAUCAGUAAUUAUUAGUUUGACCUUGCUAGUUCUAUGUCUAAUUAACUUGUCAAAAAUAACCCUAAUUUCUACCAGGGAUUGUUAUUUCUAACUCAGCAAAUUGUGUUUUGUUAUUAGUAUUGUCAGUCUUCCUUCUCCUAAGGAGAAGGACUGUAUCAAAUCCCCUUUCUCCCAGCAUAAGUUCAUCUUCCAUGCAGCUUAGAGUAAAAAAGUGCUGUAACAGUUUACAAAAUUACUGUGAUUCCUGAUCAUGUGGCCUUCCUUCAAAUUCUUUCCCUUCAGGUUUUCUUGUAUGUGGUCUUUUUGUUGUUGGGUUUGUUUUUUUUUUUGUUGGUGUGUUGUUUUUCCACCCAAUGUUUUUCCUAGGGAGCCAUAUUUGAAUAUUCCAAGUAAUCUGCACUUGUGCCUUAAAGUAGAUCCUUUUUUUCACAUUUUUAGUAAUCAAUAUGAAUUUAGCCUUGAAAGGAGAACACGAAGAAAUCACUCCAGCCAGACAUCCUAGAACUCAACUGUGCAUUUUGUAUGCUACCUGAACUAAUGAUUGGGGCAUAUAUGCUCUGUUCCAGUACAGCGGAUGCUGUGAAAGGCCUGAGCUAAUGCCCUUUUGUUUUGUGUCUGCUUAAGUAAACUAGAUAGUCUCCCAAGUAUGCAACACACAGAAAAAGUGUAAGCAUUAAAACAAUUACACUGAUAUUUUUGUAUAAUUUUCUUCUCUAUAUUUUUAAUAAGAAUUUUAAGUGGUACAAAGUAUGGAGUGCUAUAUAGACAGUGAGUUAAGUACAUGAUGCUCUCUGUAAGCGUGGUCAUGCUGGCUUUUGUUUUAACAUUCUCAAACUGCCACCAUAAGUCUCAAAGGCAUUCUUCACUUAGGCACUGACUAAGCAUACUAAGUAUGUGAAGUAGAUGGCAGACAUGAGACAUAGUUGAAUUUCUGCAGUUACACAUAAAAUAAGCAACUAGACUUUCUUUUCCUUCUGUUACAAGACAGAGACUUUUCUUUGAGAACUGAAACCAUUUGCAAGGGUUUUUAAAAAACAUAAUGAGCAGACACCUUUCUGGACUAUAUCUGAGGAGGGUGAAUUACACAAUGCUACUCUUCAUCAGAAAUAUUUCAGUGGCCAGGUUUUCUUUGAUUUAAAAUAAGUAUCAGUAUAGCUAGUUCUUUCUAGGCUUGAAUCCAAAAUGUAAUCUUGUUUAAAUAUCAUCUUGUGAACAUCAGCAUAGCAUUUUUGACCUCUGAAAUUGUGCUUUAUGAUAAGCUUGUAUCUGGCACUCUUUAUCUUCACUUUGAAGUGAAGGUGUUAAGCUGAGGCGAGAAGAGAACUGACACUGUGGCACGUUUACCAAAUGUAUCAGUGAAGCAUUACUUACUAGGAAACUACUGGUCCAACCAGCAGAGGGGGUUAUUCAAAAGUGUUCUUUAAAUGUAAAAAAUUGGCUUAGAAGAGUAACAAAUUUUAUUUUUUUUUCCUGAACCUAAUGAUUAAGCAAUCCAUACUUCAUGUUCAUGCAUCUAAAAAUGUUCAGAAAGUGUUUGUCAGCAGUGAGCUUAGUAAUGAUCUAAACAUCUCUCAAUCACUUUUAUGCAGCUGUUGAUCCAACAGCUUAACAUCCCUGCUAUCUAUGUGAGUCAUCUUUAUUCUCAUGUGUUUCUGAAAGUGGGUCCCUUCCCCGUUAAAUCCAGCCACUACUGUGGAUCUGAGCAGAUUAGGCUUCUCCUUUGCUCCUAUUAGUCACAUAGGUACCAAAAAAAUCACUGCAGUGUUUGGCAAAAGCUGACAGCCCCGAGUUGGCACUUUAACUCUCUACUCCUUGUUUGACAUCUCCCCACAGUUUCCUUGAGAGUCUUGCUGAAUCAAGGCUAGAUACCUGGGAAUCUAGAAAUACUAUAGAUUGACUGUAGGAAAAGAAGUGCUAGUAAAGGCAGAUCUUUGCCAUUCUUCUAAUUUAAUAGAAAAGGACGGGUCUAAAUCAAGAGUCUCAUUCAGAUACUUGUCAGUAACAUUUUAAAAUGUAGAUUUUUAUUAAUAAAAGUAAUUUUGAUUUAAAUAAAUAAAAUUUCAGUUUAUGCAUAAUAGA